CCCUGGAAAUUGCAUGUGACCAUGAGCAUCAUGAGUGGAGAAGGACUAGCACACUACAGCAUAACACAAUAAAUGCUAUAAUUGUACUAUAUGAAUUUAAUGAUGCUAUAAUUCUUUAAUAUUGCAACAUUAACAACAUUUCCUGCACUUAUGUUUGAAUCUGUAAUAACAUAAGGACCUGCAGUUACCUCUCAGCAUCCACAGGUAAUGCUACUGUUUGUUGCUUUUAUUGUCUGGAUUGUAUGACAGAAUCAGAUUAAUAUACUUUUACACAUAGGACUAUAUGAGUACAACCACCGAAUUAUAUUGUAGCUGUAAUAUUUAAAGCAGCCUGUUCAAACUAAUAAAAGGAAAGAGUGAUAUGAGCAGGUCAUAUAAAUCUACAUUCAUUUGCUUGCUUGAUCUUUGGAAAGUGGUACACUAGCCUUUAUUUGUCUUUAGCGAGUCACAAAGGUACAGAAUAUGCUAACGUGUACAAACUGUAAGCAGGUUUUGUGAAGAGACAUCAGCAGGGGUAGAUGUGACAGUGUGUGCUCUGACAGACUGGAUGAACAAAUGUCUUCAGAACUAGGUGUGACAGUUCAGUGAGAAAAAGAAUGACACCGGUGGUACCUGAGGGGGCCCAGCUGGACCAGCUCUCCAGAGAGUUGUGGUAUGUUGUGAUGAGGCGGCAACAGCUCCUGAGCCGGCAGAUCAUUUUGCUGGAAAUGCAAGAGUUCCUGAAGAACAACAGUGUAACUGAUGAUGGAGCUGAAGGGAAAAAGGAAAAAGAAGAAGAGGAAGAAGGACCAUCAGAGCUGGAAAGAGUACAGAAAGAGCUGCAGUAUUUGUCAGAGAAAGAGAAAGAGCUUGUGAAUAGAAGGUGUUUGUCAGAAAAACAAACCAUCAUCGUGGAAAAAACUCAGGAAUCAUCUGCCACUGCAGAGCCUGACUGCAUCAUACCUGAGAAGAAGAAAGAUCUAGUCUUCUCUGGAGUGCGGGUCCUACCGAGUGUCACUCCAACACAGAGAUUAAUCACAGAACAGCCUGCAUCUGAACUGACCUCCACUGGACUCAGUCCAGAGAGCUCAGAUGAAGUGGUGGCGGUGCAGGACCUCUCCUUUUCCGCUGCUAAAGUGUACUGUCCCAACUGCCAGCAACAGGUCACCACUGAGAUCCACUAUAAAGUGGGCAGGUCUUCUUUUCUCGUGUGCUUUUUCUCUGUUUCACUGGGCUGUGUAGCUGGAUGUUGCCUGUUGCCCUUCUUUCUGAAUUACUUCAAAGACAUCAGCCACAGGUGUCCAUCCUGCCAUACAGAAAUCCAAACUGUCCAUCGACUGUAAAGCAUGCAUGGAAAGAGACUUUGGAGGGGAACUUCCACUGGUUUUUCAAAUAUUCUGCCUAGGCCA